ACUGGGUAAUUACAUAGUGCGCUAGUCCUUCCUCCCAAGCCUUCUCUCCAAUCUGAAUCUAAACUCAUUUUUCCUUAAAGCCAAAUUAGCCAAUUCAUUCAAAUCUUUGCAUUCUCAUUCAUCAUCCGUCCAUCCACCUUUUUCCCAAAAUCCCCACUUUCUUGCGCAUAUCAUACCCAGUACCUGAUGGUUAAGGUAGCUGCAGCAAGCAUUGAUCAAUUUACAUUACAUUGACAUUUAAUUACACUUCGCGUUUGAUCAACUGCAUUUAAACUUAUUCUCCAGGAGUUAAAAAACGAGAUAUUCUUCUCGUUUUGCGAUCGCGACGACGGCGUGGCUCUCAAUCUUAUUAAGCUCCCGCUUUCCCGAAGUUAAAAAAAAAGUUGAAGCCGAAAGUUUUCAACGAUCAACACACGCACACUACCCAACUAUCCCUUCCAUCGACAAUCAACCUCUCAACUUUCAACAACAUCAAUUACAUCAAAAUGACAGAGGUUUCCUCUACCAGACUUUACUUGGGGAAUCUCCCUCGCAGUGCCACCAAAGCUGAUGUUGAAGCUCAUUUCAACACUCAUGGCACUGGCGAAAUCACCGAGAUUAAACUUAUGAAUGGUUUCGGAUUCAUCGAAUACAAAGAUGCAAUGGAUGCGCGCGAUGUCGUUCCUGCCUUCCACGGUUCCGACUUUAUGGGCGAACGCUUGACUGUACAAUUUGCUCGCGGUACUCGUAAUAGAGAUACCUUUGCCAAUAAUCCUGAGCGAACUGCUCCUCGUCCCAGACGUACCCCUCAUCGAAUGCAAAUCUCUGGACUUCCAGGUGAGACCAGCUGGCAGGAUCUUAAAGACUUCGCUCGUCAAUCUAGCCUCGACGUCGUUUAUUCGGAAACUGGUCGCGACCGUGAUGGUAAAGGAAGCUUUGUCGAAUUCGAAACCGCUGCAGAUUUAAAGACUGCCGUCGAAAAGCUCGACGGCCGUGAAUUUAAAGGUGCUCGAGUCACUUGCACUGCUGAUACCCAACCUGAUAUCCCACGUGAUCGUGCUAGAUCUCGAUCCCCAAUGCCUCGAGGACGACCUUACCCCAUUGAUGAUUAUGAUCGACGUGGUCCACCCCGAGGUUACAGUCCUCGACGUGAUGCCUAUCGCGAUCGAAGCCCACCUCGUCGUGCUUAUUAUGACGAUGAUCGUGGUCGUUAUGGUCGUUCUCCACCACCUAGACCUCGUGGUCCAAUCGAUGAUUACCUACCACCACGUCGUGGAGGGUUUGAUGAUCCUUAUCGUCGCGAUUACCCUCCAGCUGACCCAUACGUCAAUGGACAUGGUAGACCACCUUAUGAUCGUCCUCCUCCAAGAGAUUACCCACCAAGAGAUGCCGGAUAUGCUGACGACGGAUACCGUCGUGGCCGCUACUGGUAAAUCAUCCUUUCCAAAUCGGUUGCAAAAGCAACCAUUUGGAUUCUGCUCACAUAACAUAGAUUUUUAAUGACAACCGGGUGGGAUAUGAAAUGUUCUUCUAUUGAUGAUUCACAGUGAACAGGCCAAGGGGCGUUUUGAGGUAACGUCUUUAGGUCUUCUCACGUAAGGUUAUGAUGUGAAUACACGGAUUUCGCUAGUUGGCUCUAUUCAAUCUUGUUAUUUUUCAUUUGCUCAUUUAAAAGCAUACCCGGGGAUCGUUCUUUUAUCACUUGUAACAUGAGGACAUGCUUUUUCUUUCAAGGGGUGAACACGACUUUGAAUUGUGAUUCUCACCCUUAUGACAUGUAUUUUAGAAAUCAAUGGCUAUUUUAUUUGCGAAUUUGAUGUGAUCCGUGCUUUG